ACGGCACUCAUGGUAGCUUGUCAGGCUGGUCAUGACGCUGUUGCUGAACAACUCAUCCAUCGGAAUGCAAAUAUCCAGGCACAUGCAACUGGUGGUAGCACGGCGCUGCAUCUUGCGGUGAGAGGUGGUAAUUUAAACGCUUGCCAGUUGUUGCUAUCGUUCGGAGCUCAGAUUGAUGCUGCUGAUCAGGAGGGCGUCACUCCUAUCAUGGAGGCGACUAAACGUGAUUUACCGGAGAUUGUCGAGUUGCUGCUUGGCGCAAAUGCCGACGCCGCAGCAGCAGAUAACCGAGGCUGGACGCCGCUGAUGGAAGCUGCAGAUGCCGGGCACAGCGAUAUACUGGCGCUUUUGCUGCGAAAGAAUGCCAAGGUGAAUGUCAAAUCCACAAGUGGAUAUACGGCACUG